UAGUAGUUUAAAGUGAUCAGUUUCUACUUCUAUUUGUCAUAGAAUUGUUGUUAUGUUGUUGGGGGAAAUAUCUGACCAGGACGAGUUUUGUUUGAGUGUUUCAGAGGGACCUACCGGUCUGGCGGAGCAGCUGAGUAGAGCAAUAAAAACAGAGGGUGACCUUGAGGAACCAUCUCUCUUGAAGCUGAGGGACGAAAUACCGCUGAUAAACAACCUAUACAUCUUCCCAGCACCCACUCUACUAGAAGUUUCACCCGGACUAGAAGUUCCUGAUUUAUUGUCAGAAAAUAUCCCACUAUGCCUCCUGGAGGAACUCUUCUUCCCUCCACAACCCGAAACAGCGCAGAAGGGGCUCGAACUCGCUACCCCUCGACCGCGAGCCAGAGAUCACUGCCAUUACACCACCAACCCACAGAUCAUACCAGACUGCGUCCCACUGAACCCAAGCUUAAAAGAAAAUAUCUCUGAAAACACAUGGUAUGACAAAUCUACCUGCACAUUCCCCACAAGGUGUAAAGAGGACAAGGUGCCCUGGAGACAUGGUGAUUUGAAGUACGACACGUGGGCAGACAGGGUUAAUCUGCAAAGCAUUGGUCACGUGACCCCCGAGAAACACUCCGGUCUACGAGCUAUGCUGACUGAGCCUGUUUGGAUGGAGGGUGACAUGACGGGGAAGCAGGGAUCAACAGGAGGAUCACAGGACACACAGGAUAACACCACAACUUGGUCCCACCCUCCUCAACCCUACUACAAUUACAUGGACAGGGAUUAUACAACAGAAGACAGCACUUUUACCGAGCAAGUCAAUUGUUACACAACAGACGAUAAAACCAGCAAGCAAAAGAAGAGGUGCUUGUUUUCUGAGGACACGACAAGCAAGCAGAAGAAGAGAUGGCGAAGGAAGAGGACGGUUUUCAGUCCUGCAGAGAUUGCUAUACUGGAGGGAGUGUACGAGGAACACAAGUUCCUGAACCCGACCCUGAAAGCCAGCAUUCUGUCCCGGCUAAACGUGGCUAGUAAUGUAGUUGUAAUGUGGUUUCAGAACAGACGUGCUAAAGAUAGGGCUACAGGCAUUCUUAUCUAGGAUGCAAGCUGAUAAUCGAACUGUAUGUUAUGAAGAAAGAUAUCAUGAGGGGACAGUGGAAACAUUAGCCCAAAACGUGAGCAGCAGCAGACCUAAAAUAGAGGAAGCGAUUAAGACAACUACAAAAUCAGCCAUCCAUCUUUUAAUAGCUGCAAAUUUGUCUGAUAUCGUUAACAUUUGACGUUAAUAUUGCUGAAUUUCUAUCUAAUAUUGAUUCCAAUGUUUAUUUAUUGAAAGCGUGAUAUUUUGAUAUUACUUGUGUUCAUGAAAUUAAAUCUUCUAAAUAAUUAAGACGUAAUAAAUUGAAUUGAGUACUCAUUUUGUAAAACCACUCUCUAUUUCACAAUCCAUAUAUAUAACCAAUUAUUUUAACGAGUUAUAACAUAAUUUGG